UGUGGGUGUUGUUAGUGAGUGUAGAUAGACAGAAGGGACACUCAGGGUGGUGUGGAGGAAGGAACAUGGCGGUGAUGAUGAUGAAGAAGAUGAUGAGGAUGAGGAUGAGGAUUGUACAGACUUCAGGGCGAUACUGUAUCUCUGCUAAAUCAGUUAGUUUGUGUGCUAAUAAGCCUCUUCCGGAAAGGGUGAAGAUAGUGGAAGUUGGACCCCGAGAUGGUCUGCAGAACGAGAAGAGCAUUGUUCCAGCUGAGGUGAAGAUCCAGCUGAUUGACAUGCUCUCAGAGGCGGGACUUCCUGUCAUUGAGGCCACAAGUUUCGUCUCACCUAAAUGGGUCCCACAGAUGGCUGAUCAGGACGAAGUGAUGCGAGGCAUCAGCAGGAAGCCUGGUGUGAAUUAUCCGGUGUUGACACCUAACCUAAAGGGCUACAGAGCUGCUGUGAAGGCUGGCGCGAAGGAGGUGGCGAUCUUCGGCGCCGCCUCGGAGCUCUUCAGUAAGAAGAACAUUAACUGCUCGGUGGAGGAGAGCCUGCAGCGCUUCGAGGAAGUGACCGCAGCAGCCAAACAGGAAGGAAUCCCUGUACGAGGCUACGUGUCCUGUGUCCUAGGAUGUCCUUACGAAGGCAAAGUCUCACCGUCGAAAGUAGCCGAUGUGGUGAAGCGCCUGUACGCGAUGGGCUGUUACGAAAUCUCCCUGGGUGACACGAUCGGAGUCGGUACGCCGGGCGGCAUGUCCGAGAUGCUGGAGGCGGUGAAGAAGGAGGUUCCGGUCGACGCUCUGGCUGUUCACUGUCACGACACGUACGGCCAGGCGCUCGCUAACAUCCUGGUCGCGCUGCAGAACGGCAUCAGCGUCGUGGACUCGUCAGUGGCAGGACUGGGUGGCUGCCCGUACGCUCAGGGGGCUUCUGGGAACGUGGCUACGGAGGACGUCGUGUACAUGCUGCACGGACUCGGGAUACAGACAGGAGUCGACCUGCAGAAGCUGAUUGACGCUGGAACAUUUAUCUGCCGCUCUCUCAACAGACGAACCGGUUCCAAAGUUGCUCAAGCUUCGUGUAAACUGUGACCUCGUUCCGUUCAGCUGUGUGUGUGUGUGUGUGUGUGUGUGUGUGUGUGUGUGUGUGUGUGUGUGUUUGUUUGUUCGUUCCCUCAGGCCUAAUGUACUAACCACUGUGCCAAUUGGGUAAUGUUCAUCCUGACGGUGUUGACCUUAACUCAAAUCAGUCGCUCUCUCUGAAUCUGCCACUUCCUGCUGAACAGGAAGUACCAUUAUCCCUGCAGAGCCUAAUGAAUGGAUGCAUAUUGUGUAGACAUAUUGUGUAACCUGCGACACACACCGUCUCCAGCUGAUACACACUUUCCAUUUGGUCAAAUAAUUGAAGGAAGCGGUUUGAAUCGGUGGCUUGUUUUUAGAAUACACUCACACUGGAGAAUUUCUCAUGGAUCAGUCUGUAAUCUCACACACACACACACACACGUCUGUUUAUUACGGAAGCAUGUACAGCGACUGCUUCUUGUCUGGAUGCCUCGGAUUUGACAAGUGUGUGUGUCAGAGAGCGAGAGAGAGUGUGUGUGUGUGUGUGAGAGAGAGAGUGUGUGUCUGUGUGUGUGUGUGAGAGAGAGAGUGUGUCUGUGUGUGUGUGUUGCUGGCUGGCAGCGAGUUACAGUCUGUUAUAAAUAUACAGAAGCAUGUGUAUAAACUGUCUAGUGUCUUAGAAUUCUUCACAAUGCCUCAAUAUUUUAAUUCUCAUCCUAUAAUGUUCCUAAAAUAACACACACACAUUGUUUCCUGAUAAGACAUUAACACUUUUAUCUGUUCAGUAAGAAGCGUUAAUGUUUUUUUCUGGUUCAUCAGAUCUGCUGAUCCACAGUCCGGUCCUGUUUUCGAGCCCUAAUAUGGUCCUGCAUAGAGCUGCAUCCUUUCCAGAAGCCCUUAAGGCAGUUGGCUCUCACAUUAAUAUCGCUCGGUACUGCCAAUAAAUGACCCAAACAAAAACAUGA